AUGUCCCAACAAGACACGCAAAGUGGGCUGCCUUUGCUCCAUAUCCAGGGCACCUCUUAUUCCAAUGCCCACGAUGGCCUCGGCAAGCUUCCAGGGCAUGUUAAAGUCGACCCGGUGAAAAGUUCAACACAUCCCCUUGAAAGACUGACGCGACUCUUUUCCACCAUCGUCCAGUUACUUUUUCCGAUCGCACUUACAGCCUACUUUAUUUGCAUUUGGCGAUUUUUCCUCGCCCGGGACUCAGAUAACCCCGUCAAAUAUGGCAUACCCUAUGAGAUCUGGAUCUUCUACUCCUGGUUUCUCAUCGGUGUUUUUGGGUUGGGCUGGUCCAAGUUUUCUCUUAUCGGCGCGGAGAACGCUGUACAGGCUUCUAGCAAGGCAGUGAUUGCAGCGCCCAACGAAAGAAGCUGGAGCAGUCUAGGGGGAUGGAUAAAAGCUCUGAACAGGGGGAUUUUCCACAAUGAGUCGCCAUAUCACUCACUGUGGUAUUUUCUCACAGCGGUGAGCAUUCUAAUGUAUGUCGCAUUGCCACUUUCGGGUCUUUGCCUGGAGCUAUCGGAUGGCUAUGUCCCUCUAUCGACUUCUCCAAACGUUCUGGGUCAUAAGUGGGACACCUUCAAUGAAAGGCAAUCGGUUUGGUACGACACGGGCGUGGAAAAAGGGUGGCAGAUUGGAUCACCCGCCACAGUUCCUGGGUUUGGCUUGAUCUACACCCCCCCAUACAUUCAGCGAGGCGAGUACAGUACCCUCGAGAACGUGCCGAAUUCUCUAGCCUGGGAAAGCGGCAUACCUGAGAUGUUCCUUGCUCCUCAGGCCAUGACACCCGUCUCAGGUGAUGCAUGGGGUGUUCGCGCGAGUUACAACUGUUCGAUCCUGGAAGACAUUUCCGAAUUCACUAUUCUCAACCAAACACGGUCGUCAGUUCUCCGCAUAGGCUCUCGCGGCGAUUACGAAACGCCGUCUGGGGACGAGAUUUACCUAUUCAACAGCGACGCCAGCAGCGGCACCUACGCCUACAACCUUUGGGCCGAUAUUGAAAUGGGCGUCAGCAUGAUCGGUGACCAGUAUGGCCCACCAAGUUACAACGGCAGUGAGCCGAGGUCUUUUGAUCCAGACGGCGCAAAAAAAGCAGAGGUUCUCGAACUUUUGAUCUGGCAAGCGCAAACAAGCGGGUCAUACGACACUGAAGCUGCGUUCAACCGCAGCGUCGAGCCCACCGUUCAAGGGCUGGGGCAUCCCAUCAUGAAGGCCAGCAAUGGUUCCUUUAUCCGAAAUGAAACCUUUUACAAGGUCCAAGUCAGCAACAGAGGAAAUAUUAGCACCGAAGUUGCGGAUUACAAAGAAAAGUACUCAAUUCCGUACGACCGCAUCUUAUCCACUGCCAAACCCAUUGGCAUACAAUGCCGGGUCAUGUCAACUCUCGGAACCGCCCGACUUAACCCGAGAACAUCGACUUUUGACUCAUUCAAAGAGCUUUCAAACCCCCCAAUCAUUACAGCAGAGUCUCCGAUGCCUCGCCUAGGGUUUCUCACGCAAGAAACGCUUCAAGGGUCAUAUUUCGAGUUAUUUCGCGCCGCCAAUGCUCCCCCUCCGCUCACUGUCUCCAAUUCGUACAUGUACCAGAAUUUUGUCCAGCCGCAAGUUUUGAAGAAAUCUGUCAUGUUGUUGUAUGCGUUGGAAGGGCUGCAGCUCAUGUAUGACGGGGUGUAUGGGUUCGAGGGCACGUGGGACCAUCCCAACUUGACCUCCUCGAGUCCGGGAAAAAUUCUCACGGCUGGAGUCAUUCCGCCGAUUGGCCCGGUGGUGCUUUUUGUGGUUUGGGCCAUUAGUUGUACAAUGCUGCGAGUUGUGGGAUUUUUUCUUUGA